AUGGCGGCGGCGGCGGCGGAUGACGAACUCGAGGCGCUGCCGGAGAGCGUCGUCGACGCGGUGUUCGGGGAGAAGAAGCGGGCGAGGCGCGAUGACGAUGAGUUGGACGCGUACGAGGCGCACAUGGGGGAGCGGAAGCGGGAGAAGAAGAAGAAGAAGGGGAAGAAGGCGAAACGACGGGCGUACGAGCGGGACGGUUUCGAGGUCGUGGCGCUGGACGCGGAGGACGACGACGGGGGGGGGGCGGUGCCGAAGACGGCGAGCGAGUUUGUGCGCGCGAGAUUGAUGGAGAAGCACGCGCGGUCGGGGGAAAUGCUGCGAGAUGUGCGCACGGGGCGAAUCCCGAACGCGUUCGCGAGGCGGUGA